CAUGGCUAUUGAGAACGGCAACGAAACAAAAGUGGGUUACAGGCAUAAAGCUAGGGUGCUUGGCCUGCUACUAGUUUUGCUAAGGUUGGCAGCUCUGUUGGCCACAGUUACAGCCACUAUUGUUAUGGCACUCAACAAGCAGACCAAAAGCAUCACUGCUGCCUUUGUGGGUACUAAUCCCAUCAUCCAAACCUUCACUGCCAAGUUCCAGCAGACACCUGCUUUUGUGUAUUUUGUGAUUGCCAAUGCUGUAGCCAGCUUAUAUAAUCUGUUGGUGCUGUUGCUCAGGCCCUUCAUGAAACGCAAGGCUCAUGAGAUUUUCGAGCACCUUGGAGGCAUGGUUAUGGUGAGUGUAGUGGCAAGCGGCGCUGCCGCAGCAGCUGCAAUGGCUGAGUUGGGAAAGAAUGGAAACUUGCAUGCAAGAUGGAACCCGAUAUGCAACAGAUUCGAUGCCUUUUGCUGCCGUGGAGGCGUGGCGCUCAUUGCAUCCUUCAUUGGAGCAUCGCUCCUUAUGAUCCUCAAUACAGUGUCCACCAUCACUCUCUAUAAGAAUGUAGCUAGCCAGGAUUAAUCCAUUAUCUCACAGUUCACAUCCACAAUGCAAUUCUGUGAUGAAUUGCGUGUUCCCCUGUACUAGUGUGGCCUUUCAGUAAGCUGAGUGGUGCAAUGUCCCUCUCUGAGGCCUAGUGGAAGGAAGUUUCAUGUUUAAUCAUUGCCUUGUCCAGUCUUACAGUGUUUGUCAUCAAUUUUAUGCUUUUGCUUAUGACUUGAGGGAAAAUGUUAUAGACCAAAGGGUUGAGUCUAAAGCAAGACACAGAUUGUCACUGUACUUCCUUUGUUACCUUGUGUUAAUUGGCUACGUUCCAUACCAA